UAAUGGUCGCCGAAAAUGCAUUUGACACCAAAUUUGGCAGUCGGCGCGAAGAGACAAGUAACGUGCAAGAAAACCAAAGGAUCAAAAAUGGAGAAAACUAGCCUGAAGGCAGUGCUUUUUCUUAUUGCGGUCAGUCUGUGCUCAGCAUGCACGUAUGUCCCUUCACCACCUCAAGGUAUCGUGCAGCGCAUGUCACGAGCACAAGCCGCCUUCAAAGGUAAAGUCGAGGCGAUCCAUCCCUGGCCGACCACUUUCCGCUGGUACGCCGGAUUCUACAACGCCACCUUCGACGUAGAGUGCGUCUACAAGAACAAAGAAGGGGGUCCUCAAGUCACCAAGACUGUCACCGUGUCUAUGUUUGGUGAUAACGGGGCCAUGUGCUCCCGAGCUGACGUAGAGGUAGGUGAGGAGUACGUGGUGCUUGGUGGGGAUCGCUAUGAUACUGGGGCACUGAAGGUCUGGAACGUCAACUUUCAGAGUGGAGCCGAGGCAGUAACUCCACAUGUCAUGGAACAGGUGGAGGGCGCCUAUACCUGCGAAUCUCCCCAAGCCUAAUCGGAGCUCUAUGCUCGUCAUGGACAGGAAAAGUCGUAUGAUGUCAUUAUAGAGAGACGAAAAACGGGACCUCACUGACUUAAUCUCGCAUACAAGUUUACUAUGGAGAAACGGCUGUGCAUGCAUACCCUUUAGGCCUAUUCAUGGGCGCCGCGAGGGGGGGGGGGGGCAAGGGGGCACCUGCCCCCC